AUGUCUUCAGAUGGAAUUGGUGGUGAUCCUUGUAAACAGAUUUCAGUUUCUGAAAAUGUUGAGGUUACGGAUCGUCGUCUUGUUUGUUUUGAGAUGGGUGCAACAGGUCUCAAUGUUGAUUCUAACAUUGAACUUGAAGAUGACCCAAUUCCCGUUGAAGAAACUCCUCUUGUUGACAAGAGGAAAUCUAAGAAACCCAUAGCGCUGACGUCUCCGUUUGUGGAGUAUGACUUUUCCAUUUCUAGUUCUAAAGAUGGUUCUGGUUAUGGAGUUGUUAAGUAUGUGGCUGGGUUGUGUCCUCUCGAUGAUAAGAUUGGUGAAGAUGUAGAACAUAAAGACGAGAUUGAUUUUGACUUGUGGCUUGGUGAAGGACGCCGAUCGAAGAAAGAUCCGUAAGUGUUUAUUUUCAGCAUUUUUGUUGUGUUUUUGUAUUUUUUGUUUUUUACUUUACUAUUUAUGUUUCUUUUUUUUUUUAAAUGUUAGGCAUGACAAGGAGAAGGUUUACUUGAAGGGUAAGGAUAAGAUUGUUCCCCCUUUUCGUUUUGGCGUGGAAGAUGUUGCAACCAAGAUGUGGUUCCACAAGCUUGCAUAUCCUGGCCAAUGUUUGACUAAUUCUGUAAGUUAAUUUAUUUUUUCUUU